GUCUGCGAGCAUUGAGCUGACUGGCGCCAUCCUGAAAGAAUGCCUUCACUGUAAAAAAAACACAGAGAGAGCAGUGCAUUCAGAGACAGAGGGAGUGAGCACUAGAGAGAGAGAGAGAGAGAGGGAGGGAUGGACAUAGAGUAAGAGGGAAGAGGGUUACUACUGCGCAUAAACACAGAUUUGAUCAAACUUGUGUUCACUCAUAAGGCAGAAAACUUAUUCAGAUCGACCCGGCUCGGCCUGAAAGCGUCAAGCUCACUUGUUGAGUAUACGCAGCGCAAUUGAAAUACUUGGCGGAACUUGACGCGCGCGUUUGGAUGCGUACGCGGACUUAUGACCAACAAUAGUAGCAUAAAUCCAUUUGACUUUCAGAAGUUAACGCGCGUUUAUUGAAUACGGAUCCAGUUUUAUACAAGCUUCUGACAAUUUGCCAAUGACAGAAAGAACACAAGCGAGCGGACGGACUUUGUAAAAAAACAAAAAACAAACAAAUUGUCUUGUUCAAUUUCAGGUGAUCGGAAGUUCAAAAUAUUCGAACCAGUGGAUUAAACAAAGGAGGAGUUUGGACUUUUUUUGAACUCUCGUGUUGUGUGUAUCGGUGAUUGUAUGAACGUUUGCUGAGAAAAAAGAGAGAAAACGAUGGAAGUAAGUCCGGAGCAACCCCGAUGGAUGACCCAUCAUCACCCGGUCAUUAACGGCCAGCAUCCCGAGUCACACCACCCGGGACUGGGACACUCCUACAUGGACCCGUCGCAGUAUCAACUUGCGGAAGAAGCGGAGAGUAUAUUGUUUAAUAUCGACGGACAGAGCAGCCACCCGUACUACGGGAACUCGGUUCGGGCCGUGCAGAGGUACCCACCGCCACCUCACAGUAGUCAGGUGUGUCGCCCACCGUUGCUGCCCGGCUCUCUUUCUUGGCUCGAUGGAAGUAAACCUAUCGGCUCUCACCACAGUACCUCCCCUUGGAACCUCGGGCCUUUCCCCAAAACUUCCAUACACCACAGUUCCCCUGGGCCUCUGUCCGUCUACCCCCCAGCCUCUUCCUCCUCGCUGUCCGCUGGCCACCCGAGCCCACACCUCUUCACCUUUCCCCCCACUCCACCCAAAGAUGUGUCCCCUGACCCCUCAAUUUCCACGUCAGGCUCGGGCUCAUCCAUACGACAUGAGGACAAAGAGUGCAUUAAGUACCCGGUGUCUCUGGAAAGCAUGAAGCUGGAUUCGGCUCAUAGUCGGAGCAUGGCCUCUAUCGGAGCGGGCGCGUCCUCCGCGCACCAUCCCAUCGCCGCUUACCCUUCCUAUGUGUCCGAUUACGGGCCGGGGCUCUUCCCACCAAGUAGCCUGAUAGGUGGGUCCUCUUCUAGUUAUGGUUCCAAAACGAGACCAAAAACAAGGUCCUGUUCAGAGGGUAGAGAAUGUGUUAACUGCGGGGCCACCUCGACUCCUCUGUGGCGGAGGGAUGGCACCGGUCACUAUUUGUGUAACGCCUGCGGACUAUACCACAAGAUGAACGGACAGAACCGACCCCUCAUCAAGCCCAAGCGGAGGCUGUCGGCUGCCAGACGAGCAGGGACCUCAUGCGCAAACUGUCAAACGACCACGACGACACUGUGGCGGAGAAAUGCCAACGGCGAUCCCGUCUGCAAUGCCUGCGGCCUCUAUUACAAAUUACACAAUAUCAACCGACCGCUCACAAUGAAGAAGGAGGGCAUCCAGACCCGGAACAGGAAGAUGUCCAGCAAGUCCAAGAAGAGCAAAAAGUCCCAUGAUAGCAUGGAUGAUUUCUCCAAAAGCUUAAUGGAAAAGAACAGUUCCUUCAGCCCGGCCGCCCUGUCGCGUCACAUGAGCUCGUUCCCUCCCUUCUCGCACUCCGGCCACAUGUUGACCACGCCCACCCCCAUGCACCCCUCUUCCAGCUUGCCCUUCGCCCCCCACCACCCCUCCAGUAUGGUGACGGCGAUGGGCUAGAGCACCCCGCUACCUCCGACCGCCCAAUCUCCCGACGGUGGACGUCUCAAAGCACCGUUAACCUUGAAGCCUGUCACCCGCCGCAACCCUCCGACCUUGAACCAGCUCUCUAACGUGCACCCCCCUUCCCCGCUUAAAACGGUAACCCCCCCCCCCACCCCAACCCCGCAUUAUGAGGGAGAGACAGUGAGAGUGAAAGAGAAAAGACAAUGACUUUCUUCAUCGCCCCACCAAACAACCUUCAUUUGUGUACAAAUGCCAUCUUUCCUGUGGGCAUCAAGGCACAGCCAUUACAAGACUUUAAACUAAGCUUCUCUAAUUCCCCAAACCUGCUCCUUUUCUUCUUCUACGCAUCUCCUAUUCUUCGCCCCCACUUCCCCUCCCAGUGAGACACGAGGAAUCGAGCUGUGAAUGACAACAGGAGAUGAACUCUGCAUAUAUUUGUAAAAAAAAAAAUGUCUGAAAUACGUUUAAUGAAGACUUUUUAAAGGACAAAAUGAGAAAAAGGCGAGGACAGGAAAUGCCCGUGGGCAGCUAAUGAUGAGAAGGGUACGACUUAAACCUGGAAGAUGGAACGGCGCGGCGACGUGGCCCGCGAUUUCUAUCCGAAUGAUGAAAAAAGUAGGAGAUGAGACGUAGGGAGAAGAAAAGUAGAAAGGAAAAUGGUGUGUAAUGCAUUAAAACUUGUAGUCAGGUCUGUUUCACAGACUUCCAGCUACUAUUCUGGAUGUGUUAUAGGUCUUGGGCAAUUGGUUUGUGUUCACACACACACACACGCACGCACACACACACAUAUACACACAUGAAAGACUUCUUUGGGCCCAGGUUAUAUGCAUUGUGAAAAAAAGUUCCUGUAUUUGUUAUUUGUAUGUAUAAUUCAGAGUACCAAAAAUACGAAAGAAACAAAGAUGUAGAAUUAUUUCUUUAUGUAAUGCAGACUGAAUGGUUGUACAAAUUUAAUAAUCACUAGUGUAAAAAAAAGACUUGAUUUUUGUUGCGUAAUUUUUUUUUUUUUUUUCCCUCUUUGAAAAUAAUAAACUAGUUUAAUCUCUGUUGACAUCACACGAGAACACAA